CCCUAUUUAUUCAGCAAGACGAAGAAAAAAAGAAGAUGCAUGCUUAGCAUAGAUUAACAAAUUGAAAAUGGACCCAGAAGUGAAAAACAGCAACUUUUCAGAAAUCAUCACCCUCCGGCCAUUGGAAGUCUCCGACGUGGACAAUCUCAUGGUGUGGGCUAGCGACGAGAGAGUGGCACGAUUCUGCCCGUGGGAGCCCAACACCAAAAGAGAACAAGGGCUCGAUUUCAUAAUAAACAGGGCCAUCCCUCACCCGUGGCUCAGGGCGAUCUGCCUCAACGGCAAGCCGAUUGGGUCGAUUUCGGUGACGAAGAACUCCGGGAACGACGCUUGCCGCGGGGAGAUCGGGUACAACCUGGCCUGGGAACAUUGGGGGAAAGGGAUCGCGACCAAGGCGGUGAAGAUGGCGGUGAAGGCGGUGUUUGAGGAGUGGGGGCCGGAGCUGGAGCGGGUUGAGGGUUUGGUGGAUGUGGAGAAUGUUGGGUCGCAGAGGGUUUUGGAGAAAGCUGGGUUUUACAGGGAAGGUUUGCUGAGGAGAUAUGUGGUUUUCAAGGGUAGGAGUCGGGAUAUGGUGAUGUUCAGCAUUUUGUGUAGCGACGUUGAGAAUUGCAGUUUGUAAGAUGCUCUGUUUUCUCCCCUGGGGGAUCACUGUCUCGCUAUUUAUAAAAUAAUAGAUUUUUUCUCCUCCGAUUCUCCCCUUCGGUUCCAAAUAGCGCCGGUUAGCUCAGCGUGACGGCAACUCCGUCAUCAACCUCCCAACAUUGUCGCCGGCGGCAUAUUCAACCCUACUAGAGAGCUCUAAACCAAGCAACCCUUGAAACGCUGGUCCAUUUACUUCAGUGCGCGAAUCUUAAACACACCGACUACCUCCGGAGCUGCCACGCACAUGGCGUUUCCUACGACCGCAGGCCGUUUCUCGACUAAUUGAAGGGGGUAAUCACCCAUUCCGACGCCAUUGUUUUCCCUCCAUCAUACCUGCUGCCGCAAAAGCAAAACCCUAAUUCGGCUAGAAAUCUAGGUCGUGAAGAGCAGAUUGAUUGAUGACAAGGGGCUGGCUAUGGCGACGAUAUGAGGUGGUUACAAUUCAGAGAUGAAGCCGAACCUAAGAGGGAAAAAUUGGGGAAGGAGUGCGUUCCAGACUUUGAUAACGAUUUACAAUGUGAAAGAGUUUCUAGAGGAUGGGGUGUACAUACCUCCGGAUGUGAAGGUGAAGCAAAUGAAAGGGGCGAAGCCAGCUUGUGUGACUGUGCAAAAGAAGUUUAGUACUGAUAGGAGCAAGGUGAUGACUGCUUAUGAGGUUAGGGAUAAACCUUCUGCCCUAAAGUCUGAUGAUUGGGACCGGGUUGUGGCGGUUUUGGUGUUGAGGAAGGAAUGGCAGUUCAAGGAUUGGCCUUACAAGGAUCAGAUUAGUAAGAACUAGAGGCAUCAGAACAGGGCAGCUGCAUUGGAGGUGUGGGACAGAAUGGAAGAAUUCCUGCAUUCAAUCUCACAUUCUCGAAAAAGGUGCAUCAAUGCUGAAAGUUCGCAUGAUCGCAUCUUUGUUGUGUAAAACAUAUAGUAAUCGAGAUAUGUGUGAGCUCUGGUGAUUACUAGCUGUAGUUUUCCCCAUUUACGAAUGUCGGAAUGCAAUUGAUGCUUAUUUGAGGUGUGCUUUGUGGGGGUGGAUCCUGUGCCCAUGUUUAUGCCUGAAUAUAAAGUUGCAUGAGACAUUGGCUCGUACUGUCGCUUCAGGAACAGAUCACAGUAGAGUAAAAUCCAUGGUGCUUUGCGUUUGAACACUGGAAUUGGUUUGCAGUGUAUACUCACUAGAGCUUUUUUCUCAAGUUAUCCUUUGGGGCAACUCUUAUCCCCAUCUGUGAUGUUUGGAUCCCUAACUGCAUGGAAGCUCCAGGCACAUAAGGAUUGGCUUGACAUUAGUGAAAUGCUAUGAUUAUGAGGCAGCGGCUACUUCAUCGGAAAAAAUCAUUAGAAGCGAUUGGUGCAUACAAUGUUUAAUCUAACUUGAGGCCGAGGUUAUUUAUCAGGGGGUAGAGUGAUCCUCGAUCUAACUGUAUGGGGACACUUCUAGUUAGAUACAUAGCCCUACAAUGGUUGAUUAGAACGUUGGUUAAUUUCCUGGUUGAAUUCGCGAACUGUAUGUAGUCUCUACUUGCCAUUUGAACUAUGAAGUCAAGAUUCAUGCCAUCACAAGAACAGAGACGAUUUCAGAAGCUGCCUCCUGUCAUGUGGAUUUGUCAUCGAGGAGAGAUGUCAUUGUGUUUAUCAAUCUCUUCCAAUGGCAAUCACUUGGUUGCAUUGCUAGAGGGAGACCAUUAGUAUAUCAUGGAGGCAGAAGAGCAAUAUGAUGCUGCAAUGAUGAAGAAGAAGAGGAGCAGCAAAGACGAUGACGCCUUGAUUGAGCUCCCAUCUGAGCUAGCAGUUGCGGGCACACUCCCUGAUACUUCUGCAAACAAUUCAUUCCAAAGGAAGAAAGAGUUAGCUGAGAGAAGGGGAAAAGAACAUACACUUGCAGUUGGGGGAAAAGCAUCUCUGCCUACCUGGAGAACUGGGAGUGGCUGUUAGGGGGCUUGCCGAAGGGGAAGUAGCUGCAGACAGAAGGUGGAGUCUGCAGAUUACAAGCAGCAGGCAGCUCCAUAGCCCGUGUUCGGUUGAUACCAGAGACGCCAAACGAGCCAUCGACGACCUGGCACAAGCACAGCGGCGAUGAGCUGACAACAUCUUUCAGCUUGGUGCAGCAAUUCUCCUCGGGGGUGGAGGAUUUGUCGGUGAUAUAUGGGAGGCAGGGGGUCAAGGUGGUGAGCGCGGUCGAGCAGUCUGGCGACUGAGCCCUGGAUCCACCAGGCCAUAGAAGCUGCAUGGUAAGCAACACGAUGCCCAUAUUCAAUGCUCCGGUUCUUGUGGCAGCCAUUGUUACAGAGUUUCCAGAGAAUUUGGAAGAAAGUGAUUUUUUUUUUGUGGAGUGGUGAAAACUGGAUCAUAGGGGAAUGUUUGUUGGUUGGGGGGUUUUAAAAGGGUUAUAUAUAGGGAGGGAGUUAAUGGCGGAAGAACGAGUCAGCGGCUAUGAGGUGAGGUUGAAAAUCAUCAGGACGGGGGAAGUGUUUAUUUUGGCAGCCGUGUAUUCUUCUUAUGCAUUUUUACCAACUGUUUUUUUAUUUUUUAUUUGACAAAGUAUUUUUACCAACUGUUGAUGGACCCUAUUUAUCAAAAUUACACACCGACCUUAUUUCUUGUAUUUGAGCAAUCUAGAACGCUUGUGUCUUAGCACAGAGACGAUAUCAAUCAAGACGUGAAUUCACUACUUCACAGGUUAGUCAUUCAUACUUGAUCAAAUUUUGGUGGCUUGAUAAAGCAAAGAGACACCGCAUGUUGCUAAUGGUAGCGGAGACGAAAUAAGUAACCAUUGCCGGAUUCAGCUUUCUCAUUUAUAUUGAACACUUCUAAUCUCGCUCAUGGUUCAGAAACAGAGUUAAUAUAUUGAUAAUGUAGUGAUGGCUGAAAGCCUUCUGAUCAUCUGGAAGAACAUCAGUGUCUCAUGGAUCCAGAAGAACAACACGAGCCUGCCGCGAUGAAGAAGAAGGAGAAGAGCAGCAGAGAAGUUGACACCUUGAUUGAGCUCCCAUCCGAGCUCCCAGUUCCAGGCACACCUGCUGAUCCUUCUGCACACAAUUCCAUUCCAAAGGAUCAAAGAGUUAACCUCAGAGAAGGGGAGAAGAAUAUUCACUUGCAGUUAGGGGAGGAAAAACAUCACUGCCUACCUGCAGGAGAACUCGGAGUGGCUGGUA